CUGAUCCCAGUACAGUCGAGUCCAUCAGAAGAGUGGAAAAACUCUGUGUCGUUCAGUCUGGAUAUUCACAAUGCUUUCUGAAAGACUUGAGAGUUGUAGUUGAGUGUAGUUUAAAGGUAAACGCGUGGCAUUAUGGAUUAUAUUUCUCUCUUCAUGUACUGUACGAUAAAUCUCGCAUUACUGGACUAUAGACACGCUGCACAAUCUCAUGGUAAUAUCUCGGAUAAGUUGAGCGAAUUUGGAUUAAUCGUCCCGUUCAGCAGCGACGCUCAGGGCCGGUUCAUUUCUCACGUACUGUCCACACAAGCGUCACCUAACGACAGGAAACGGGUCAAGCGUGAUGCGCCCGGUACCGGACAGCAGCUCUUCUUCAACGUGACGGUGUUUGGUCGUGAGUUGCACUUGCGCCUGAGGGCCAAUAGGAGGCUUGUGGCCCCGAGGGCUUUCGUUGAGUGGCAGGAGGAUUUUCAGCAGCGGUCCACGCAGCGCAUCCACGGACUCUGUGUGUUCACUGGAGAUGUGACGGAUGUGCCCAAGGCCUCAGUGGCUAUCAGUAACUGUGAUGGGUUGGCCGGUCUGAUCCGCACUGAUGAUGAAGAGUUCUUCAUCGAGCCGCUGGAGAAAGGCCAGCAAGAGGUGGAAGUCAAAGGUCGCGUUCAUGUGGUUUACCGAAGAUCAGCCAUCAAAAGAGAGCGAGGUCAGAGGAGAGACGACCUCCAGAAUGAAGUGACAGAUGUUGGGAUCGGUGAACUUCCGGCUGGUGUGAAGACACUGAAGGAUCAAUUAUCUGAAAGCCAGCGCAGUCGCAGACACGCACAGAAGGAAAACUACAACAUUGAAGUGCUGCUUGCUGUGGACGACUCUGUUGUGCGUUUUCAUGGGAAAGAUCAUGUACAGAACUACGUCCUUACACUCAUGAAUAUAGUAGAUGAAAUCUAUCAUGAUGAAUCUCUGGGAACUAACAUCAACGUUGUUCUGGUUCGUAUGAUAUUGGUGGGCUAUCGUCAGUCUGUCAGUCUGAUUGAGCGCGGGAAUCCGGCUCGGAGUCUGGAGCAGGUGUGUCGCUGGGCCAACAGCCAGCAGAAACUCGACCCAGAUCACGCCGAACACCACGACCACGCCAUCUUCCUCACCAGGCAAGAUUUUGGUCCCGCAGGUAUGCAAGGUUACGCCCCGGUAACGGGCAUGUGUCACCCGCUGAGGAGCUGUACGCUCAACCAUGAAGACGGCUUUUCAUCUGCGUUUGUGGUGGCGCAUGAGACCGGACACGUGUUGGGUAUGGAACAUGAUGGACAGGGGAACCGAUGUUCAGAUGAGACCAGUAUGGGCAGUAUAAUGGCUCCAUUGGUCCAGGCAGCUUUUCACAGAUAUCACUGGUCUCGCUGCAGCAAACAAGAGCUCAGCAGAUACAUCCACUCAUAUGACUGUCUUCUGGAUGACCCGUUUGAGUUGAAAUGGCCCAAACUCACUGAGCUUCCUGGGAUAAAUUAUUCCAUGGAUGAGCAGUGUCGCUUUGACUUUGGUGUGGGAUAUAAAAUGUGCACAGCUUUUCGCACGUUUGACCCAUGCAAACAGCUUUGGUGCAGCCAUCCUGAUAAUCAAUACUUCUGUAAGACUAAGAAAGGUCCUCCGGUGGACGGGACAGAAUGUGCACACGGUAAAUGGUGUUUUAAGGGUCACUGUAUCUGGAGGUCGUCUUAUCAGCCGUACGGUCACGAUGGAGGCUGGAGCUCAUGGGGAAAGUUUGGCUCAUGUUCUCGCACCUGUGGAGGAGGCAUUCGCUCACGCAGUCGGCAGUGCAAUAACCCAGUUCCAGCGUACGGAGGUCGUGAUUGUCCUGGAUCAACGUUUGAUUAUCAGGUGUGUAACACUGAAGACUGUCCCGGUCCAUAUGAAGACUUCAGAGCUCAACAGUGCAUCCAGAGGAGCAACAAAUAUUACAAUAACGUCAAACACACGUGGCUGCCAUACGAACAUCCUGACGAGGCCCAUAAAUGUGAAUUGAGUUGCCGCUCUAAAGAAACGGAUGAGAUUGUGUUCAUGAAUCAGGUGAUGCACGAUGGGACGCGCUGCAGUUACUCUGAUUCGUACAGUGUCUGUGCACGAGGAGAAUGUCUGCAUGUUGGCUGUGAUAAGGAGGUUGCGUCGUAUAAACAGGAAGAUAAAUGCGGUGUUUGUGAUGGAGAUAAUUCACACUGUCGCACUGUCAAACACACUCUCACCAAAACACCCAAAAAGACAGGAUUGUUGAAAAUGUUUGACAUUCCUGCGGGUGCGCGGCACAUCAUGAUCGAAGAGAACGACACAUCUCCACAUUUCAUUGCCGUAAAAAAUCAGCAGACCGAAAGUUUCAUCUUAAAUGCUAAAGGUGAAGAAACAAAGUCUAUGACCUUCAUCGAGAACGGCCUGGAGUGGGAAUAUUUACUAACAAACAACAGCGAGUCGCUGAAAACCAUCGGACCGCUGCAUGAAGGCAUUGUGGUUCUGGUCGUCCCACAGGCCGAGGAGACCAAAAUCAGUUUGAGCUACAAAUACAUCAUUCAUGAAGAUCUUCUGAAGGGAAUCCCCAACAACAAUGUGCUGAUGGCUGAACUGGACACUUAUGAUUGGGCUCUGAAGAGCUGGUCGCCCUGCUCCAAAUCCUGUGGUGGAGGGCUUCAGUACACCAAAUACGGCUGUCGGAGGAAAGGUGACGGACGUUUGGUUCACAGGAACUUCUGCGAGAUCAACAAGAAGCCGAAACCGAUUCGUAAACGCUGUAAUACAAACAACUGCAGCCAACCCAUUUGGGUCGUAGAGGAGUUUGGUCCAUGCAGUAAAUCCUGUGGUAAACCUGGAUAUCAGACUCGAGUGGUUCAGUGUAUGCAGCCCUUACAGAACGGCACCAACAAACCCGUUAACACUAAAAACUGCAUCGGUGAACGUCCAGAGACCCGCAGGUCCUGUAACACAAGCGUCUGCCCGGCUCAAUGGAGGACAGGAGCCUGGUCUCAGUGCUCAGUGAGCUGUGGUGAUGGUAUUCGACAGCGUCAGGUCAUCUGUAAAGCGUCAGACAGCAGCCCGGGUCAAUGUGAUUCAGAAAAACCAGAAUCUGUGUCUGUCUGCAAACUCAAACCCUGCACAGGAGAGUUUCCUCCACCGACUGCUGGUAAAGAUUUACUGGACAAUUUCACCACCGAGGGAGAGAAACGUCCAGAAAACACUGUGGAUAAAAUCUCUAAUGAGCCGUGUCUCGGUGAUAAAUCGAUCUUCUGUCAGAUGGAGGUUCUGGCCCGCUAUUGCUCAAUCCCGGGCUAUCAGAAGUUGUGCUGUGAAUCCUGUAACAGAAAGUCAGGUUUCAGUACAGUUUCACCAGACCUUCACCCUCCGUUCUCCUGGCUUCCUGAUUUCACUUUUCCUUCAGUAACAAGUCCCGAUCCGACACGGCAAACAUCUGUUACUCCGACCACAGCAGCUCCACCCACCUACACCACUAAAGCAACCGUCAGAAGACCACCGCGGCCCACCGCCACGAGCUUUACCUCUGCCGUCAUGAGCCGUAAACCGGAGGAAACGACUUCUCUCGCCACGUCCCCAAACGCCUCAUAUACACUCACGAGUGUUUCAGAGUUCACAACCUCACCUCUACCUCCAGAGUCCAGCACACGACCACCUCACCAAAACACCAGCAGGGAACAAGAUGGACUCCAAAACCAGAACAGCACUUUGGACUCGAGCCCUACGACCAGGAGUAAAAGUGAUGAUUCGUCAGGGGCCGAGAGAGACCCAAAGAACAGGAACUCACCAGUCACAUGAUCAUGAUCCCGGCUGUCCAAUAGCACAUUAAUACACAUUCACAGUGUUUUAGUCUCGAGAAAACAUUUAUAAAUCAAUAUACAUUUACUUGAAGGACUUUUUUCAACAAAAUAUUCAAUAUUAAACUUAAGAAAAGUGUAUGUUUGAAAAGAAGGGUGGUUCAGUCAUCUUUAUAUGUUCAUCUCAAGUAAAUGUAUCUUGUUUCAAGGAUAUAUAGAGAGUUUUUUACUUGAAGACAAGUGAAAAUCCUAGAUAAGAAGAAUAGAUUUCUCAGCCUGAAGGUUAUUUGCAUGCUGAUGACAUCACCUCUCUGAGCUGUGAUUGGUUACCUCAGCUUACAUUUAUAUGAAAGUCAAUGAAAUGGAAGCAAACAUUUAAAGGUGCUGUUAUUUAAAAUGUUUGGGUUAUAAAUGGUGUCGAAAUGCAAUGACUGCAUCUGUAACAUUGUUUUUUGUUGCGAGCGCAGUUGUGUUUUGUUUCUAGAACCUGCUGUCUUUGAGUCUAUGUCAGGUGCAACCAUCAUGUUUCUCUUACAUCAGGAUCAUUUUCAUGGAUUAUUAUUAUUAUUAUUAUUCUGUUUAAUGGCUGUCAUGCAUAUUGUUGUGACAAGAUUAACAUCCAUCAGGAAUAAUAUGGGUAAUGAUGAUCGCUCUGUCUGAACUACAGACUUCAUGUCACCCUGGUGUUAAUGAAGUUUACUUGAUUUUAACCGAAGACUCUCAAAUGAAUGAAACCAAUGUGACGCAUCUGUUCACCUGUGAAAUGACAAGCACCUGUAUGAAUGUCCUGCAGUUUGUUUUUUGUUUUUUUAGUUUUGCUCGUGUAUGCUUUUAAAAGAAAAAGGUUUGAUAUUUUUAAUGGCUGUGUUUUUCAGGUGAUGUAUAUAAUGUAAAUAUAAUACAGGUUUGAGCGGGGGGCAAAGGUCAGGAUUAGGCCUUGCUCGUCCUCUCUGUGGUUUUAUCUAAUUUCUGUAUUGUAUAGUACUUGUAUAUACAUGAAUGAGAGCUUUAAGUGUUAAUAUUUAUUACAUUUUUAAUUUGUAGGAAAAUUAAAUAUAGGAAAAUAUACACCAAAGAAUCUGAGAAUUUGCCGUAUUUUUUUUCAAUCCGCUUUCCAUCUCCCAUCCUCAGAUAGGCCAUUGAUAUUUCUCAUUUUAACAAAACACAUUUCUUAUAAUGUAAGUCCUUUCUGAGCUUAAUUAACUCUUCUCAUCUUCUUCAUCAUUUUAAGCUUCAUCCUAUGUUGUGUUGAAUGAAAAUAAUUUCAAGACAAAAAAGUGUAAAUCAUGUUUUAGUCAUUUAAUUUAGUCAAGUCUCCAUGUUUAUAUGUUUAAAAUAAAAUGUUUCCAAGAAAAUGUUUUCUUCAGUUUUGCUUAAAUGGCUGAUCCUCAAGAUCACAGCAUUGGUUUAAAGUUCAACACCUCAUCAUUAUUGUGUGAAUUUGAUCUGUGUUUUGAAUUUUUCAUUAGAUUAUAUAUAUAUAUGUAGAGCGCUUCUGUUCAUCUCUUAAGGUCAUUCUGCAGAUUAUUUCAGGUAAAAGCAUCACUCAUGUGUUUCAGUACUGUAUGUCUGUGAGUUUUAUGACACACGUCGCCUGUCAGAUUUGUCAUUUGCCCUUUUUAAGUAUAAAAUGAAGUUUAGAGAACA